AUAUACACUGCACACAGCUGUGAAUCGUUUUAAAAAUCUGGUAACAUUAGUAACUUUGCUGUCAAAUGCGAAUUGUUAUGAAAAUAUCUGAGAAUUAAUUUUUUCUCUAAUUUUCUCCGUUACAAUAACUUUAACCGUCUAUUUUAUUUAUUAAUUUUGAUAACUCGAAACUAUAAAGUGGCCUUGCUUUUAAUGUUCCCAAAGAGUAGUAACAGUUGCCUUACAUUUUAUAGUGAUGCGUGUUGGGUUUUCUUUUUAUUUCCCUCAUAAAAUAUUUGUUUGUGGAUGAGAUGGAAGAGGUACGGCAGCUGGUGCAAGAAGAAGGCAGGGAAGCCAGGAAUCUAGUUGCAUUUCACGUAGCGGUGGACACACCGAUAUCGCGGGUGCAAACCCGUAAGCCACCACGCUCAGCGCCACCCCGUCGUCCAGUUGCUCGACCCUCGCGGCUGCGGUCUGCCUCCGCUGGACGAGACAAACGAUCUGAGCUCCGUGCUAGAUACUGGGCGUUGCUUUUUGGAGACCUUCAGAGGGCUAUUGGUGAAAUCUACAACACGGUGGAAGCACACGAAAAUCUAAACGAAUGUCAAGAAGUAAUACUUGUUUUAGAGAACUACACGCGAGAUUUUAAAGCAUUAGGUGAAUGGUUCAGACUCAAAUGGGAAUAUGAUAACACGCCUCCGCCACAAAGACCUCAAAGUCUAGCAUGGGAAAUUAGAAAAACAGACUUCGUUCGUCCCGAGUCCCGACGCACUCACUCCGUCAAGAGCUCUCCUUCAGUCUCUGGAAAAAAUAGCCCUUGCCUCUCUGGCCACAACACUCCGAGCGGAAAGAAUAGCCCAAAUCUCACCGGGAAAGCUAGUCCAGGCAGCGGGAAGAUCAGUCCACGCGUUUUAAGUCAUCCCACCACUAGUCCUAAGGCGAAUGUUGAAUUUUUCAGCAGUAAAAUAGCAGCUAAAAUUUCUCCGAAACCCGAUGCUAAGAUCGCCAAGGAUACGAUACGACUAUCUGAUAUAAAAGAAAAGGAGAGUAAAGACUUUGUCAAUCAAAAUUCCGUCAGUGAAGAUAGUAAUGUAUUUAUUCAGAAAGAAGCGUCGGAGAAUAAUAUUAAAACUGUUGAAGUAGGUAGAGCUAAAGAGAUCGCGAAUGUCAGUCCGAAGCACGUGAUCCUCAAAACUACAGCAAAAAAUGAUAGCAAAGAGAUGAAAACUAGCGAAACGAUCUCGGAACAAGCUAAAUAUACCAUAAGUAAACUCGACGCCAUGGAAAACGAGUUUCUAGCAAAACAGUUAAUAGUGAACGUCGCUAAAAACCAAAACAUGUUGAACAAAUCUAAGGAAAACGAAAUUGAAAAAAUAUUCAGUAACACCAAUACAAUUCGCAUCGACAUGAAAGAGCCAGAGAAUCAUAACGGUGUAAUUAUUAAAGUCGAGGACAUUAAUUCUUUAAUUGACGAAAAGCAAAGUUUAUCUACGGAAUCUCCAGCAAAAUCCGAAGAUAACUUCGGUGACGUUUCAAACGAUAGUUUCAAGUCAAACGACGAGAAAAUAGUUCAUGAAAAGACCGACAAAAAUAUUGAUGCUAAAGAGGAUGAAAGCAGUAACUCACAUCACAUGAAUAAACAUUCGUUUCUUCCCGCCCUUGAAUUGGCCAAUCUUGACCCCAUCGACAACAUGACGCCUAAUUUAAAAGAAUCUAAAAUAGAACUUGGUGAUAGUGAUGUUACAAAUGGAUAUUUAGAUUCAUAUAAAGACCUCGAAAAGGAUAGUGAUACCAUGAAAAAAGAAGAAAUGAAGAAACCUGAAUCAAAAACCGAAGUUAAAGUCCUUAGACCAGCUUAUUCUCAGGCAGCUGCUAAACCAAAACAAGCACCAGUAAAACCUGAAGUGAAAACUCCGACCAGAGUCUCCAACCUUCCCAAGAGUAAAGCUCCUUUAGAAAUACGACCGGCUACAGCACCCAAAACUCCGAAAAUGCCUAAAAGAAACCAAACAAGUAAAUGCAGCUAUCCCUUCAAUCUGACGACCGGACGAACUAGCCUAUUUGAUCCAGCGACGAAUAAAACAACUCUCAAGAAACCCGUUCGACACAUGGGUGCCGGUGACUCCAAGCCACCUACAAAGCCCGACACCAAGAAACCUCCACUCAGACCGACAUCCCUGAAAAUUAACGAAAAAGGUGAUAAACCUGAGAAGUUAAAUCCGACGCUAGAAAAAAUCAAAGACUGCGAUGAGUACAGUAGCUCUGAUACAAUCGUAACACAAAUCGAUAUAUCGCGAAUCGAAUCUAGUGAAAGUCUGAAAACCUUGAUUCCGGAAGACAAUGUUGGGAAUUCCGUUGAAGUUCUCAAUGUUGACAACAACGAUAAUGAGGGCUGGUUGACUGUUAAGUCAAAACGAUUGAGUCGCGAAUCAAAAAAGCAAUCAAGGUCACACUGGGCCAAUCGUUUCAACCAGCCGUCCGCUACAACCAGCUUACCGACGCUUAUGAUCGAAUCGCCCAAACAAGAGUCUAAUCCCAUUGUAACUUCAGCGCACAGAGCUAAGUCUGAGCAGCCUCAAUUUAACUUGGAGAACGCUCCGAGAGAACAGAAAUCUUUUGCGCCCGAACCUGCCAUAAUAAACCAGAAAUGUAUUGAGGAAAUGUCAGACUCGAACGUAAAGUCUGAUGACGAAACAAAUUCCAAAGCUGAAACAGCUAUCAGUCCGGUGCCGAAGUCAUCAGAAGCGUAUUCACCGGACCUUCCUAAAUCGAAGGAAGAUUAUUCUAAUGCCGCUACGAAAUCGGCCGACGAAAGCUCACCGCCGCUACUGAAAUAUUCGGAUGACUUGCAAAAGUCUGAUGAUCCGUCGAUAAUCCGUCAAAAAUCCGAUGUGACUGGCUUGAAGACUCGUUCAGCCAGAAACAAAGCCAUGCGCAAAGGCAAGGCGAGGGUACGAGACGACAUAGACCUGACCUCGAACAGACUCCACUCGUCUCUAGAAAGUCUCACGACCGCGCUGUCCCGUUCCCAAGAGAGCACCGAAGAUAUGUUCGAUUUCGACAAAUGGAAGGUGGAGUUCGUGUCCACGUUCAAAUAUUCGGACGACGACGAUCAAAUGACGGACCAGAAUGAUAUACUGGAGACGGCCGAUCCGUCGGAGAUGUCGGAGAUCGCGGAAAUGACUUCGCAGAUCGAGGAGAACGAACGGAAGAUCAGCCUGGCUCUCGACUUUCAGUCCGAAGUCGACCAACGGAAGCUGAGCGAGGAAGAGGAUCUACUCAAUCGCCAGAUAAUGGAGCUGCAGCAGGUUUCUGAUGUCGAUCUGGACACGGAGACCGAUGACACGGAGACAGACGCGGAGCUGGUGUGCGAGGGUGCUGGACUGGAGGAGCAGUACGAGUCGGCCCUCGCCUCCAUGUCCUGGGCGGAACGAGUCGACACCCUCGGAGCGCUAGAAGCUCUCGUCGCCAGAGACCCAGGUCGAGCCCAGCAGUUGCAUGCGAAGCUAUCGCAGAGCAUCAAGCGCCGCGGCAGCUUCCAGGACGCCCUCAGGAGGCUCCAAGCUAAACAGGCCCGGGCUGAGAGACAGAGACUGGAAUAUCAGACGGAGAGAGCUAAGAAGAUACACCAUCUUCUUGCUAGAGUUGAAGAAGUCAAGGUAGCCAAAAAUCAAUUGAUCGAAGAGAAAAGACUGAGAAUGGAACAGAGGCUGCAGAAAGCGGCCGAGAACAGAGACCAGCAUCUCAAGGACAUAGUACGUAAAGCUCACGACGAAGAGGAAAAGCUCCGCGAGAUAGCCUUCAUCAAGCAGCUGGAGGCUGAGAACAGACGCCACGAGUUCCUGGACCAGUGCAGGUCGCAGAACACCAGGCUGAGGCAGAUGAGGCGAGAGAGACUCACUAAACUCGCCGCCGCAGCAGCCCGGGAGGCGGCGGCGGGGGCGCGGCGGGCGGCGCUGGAGGCCGCGCGGCGGCUCAGGGUCGCGUCGCUGCUGGAGCGGCGCCGCCAGAGGGACGCCAGGGUGCUGUCCCACCGCGAGCUGCUGCACCGGGAGCGCUGCCACGCCAACCGGGAGAAGGCGGAAGGAGUGAAGUCUCGACUGUCCGCGCUGGCUGCGGCCGCCGAGCUCGAGGCUGACGCUCUGAGGUCUCGGAUCCGGGACAAGCAGGACGCCACUCAGCUGCGGCUGGACCGGCACCUGCAGGCCAUAAGGGACCGGGCCACCACCAGGGUCGCGACAACAUCGGAGAGUCAAGAUGAAAAAACGAAAGAGGAGAAGGACAUUAAGGAGGCCGCCGAGCGAGUGGAGCGGGAGAGGAGGGACCGGGAGAAACAGAAGGCCAUCAAGAAGAGAGCCAGGAAGGUCAAGCAGAAGCUGCUGUCCACGAGCGACGACAUCGACCUCUCCGACCAGAACGACCACCCGUCCGGCAAGAUGACCAAGGUCAUCAACCAGAUAUCGGCCAUCAUGGCGCCGCUGCUGGAGCCGGGCCUGGUCGCCAGGAAGCACCACAACGGCUUCGAGGAGGAGGUGGUCAGAACGAAGAAGAACAAGAAGAGUAACAGGCUGAGCAAGAGCGGUUCCGUGUGUAGUUCCGGCAGCGACCUCAGCCGGGCGGGGGCGGAGCGUGGGGCGCCGCCCUGUCUCGACGUGCCGCUGCUCGAGAAGCAGCUGAACGAGCUGCACCGCAUGCUCGAGAAGGUCGACAAGCUGGGGCAUUUGAAGGAGCUACAAGAGAAGGCAGCGUACCGCAAGAUCCAAGGUCUUAAGGUGGUCGGUCAGAUGCUCGCCGUCGCCGCCGAGAGGGAGGACGUGGCUCCCCAGUUCACCACCAAGUGUCUGAGCGCGGCCGUGCAGUGCGUGGGCCGCGCCAUGGGCGUGUGCAGCCGCGGCUCCGUCGCCUUCGUGUGCGGCGCCACGCCCGUACACCUCGCCACCAUCCUCACUGGACUGCUCGAGAAAGAUCUAGAAGCAGAUCAUAAGGAGUUGGAGUUAGCGAAGCAGGUGUCGGAUUGUCUCUCAAUCGGACUGGACUCCGUGCUGUGCGCGACGAGGCUAUUUGUGGAGCGACGAGGAUUCGAUGAUGCACGGCUGCUGGCGACCUUGAGGAGCAGAGCCCACACCAUCAUCAGCUACAUCUGCCUUUGCGGCUGCAUUUCACGCGCCGAGAAGGCUGGCGAGGUCAGGGAGAGCAUCCAGACGUUGCUGACGGUCUGCGCAGACCUAUGCCACCCCUGCGAGGUUGACAGCGGUUCAGAACGGCUAUCGGCCAUCCAGUCGCUGCGUUGCGCCCUUGGGACCAGCGUCUGUGGUUCGAGGGCGGAGUUCUGCAUGCUCUUCGCUUCCGGAGCAGUCUUGGAGCACAGCGGAGGGUUCGUGAAAGCGGCCAGGACCGCGCAUCUCCUACGAGCCCUCGCCGAACUGGACCAUCAGAUCGUUCAGGAGGCGUUCGGUGAAGGCGGUUGGCCAUUGGAGUUCAGAGCGGCAGUGGCAAGGCUGUUGUCUCAACAUGCGCCCAACGACAAGGAGGCUCCAAGGACCACGGCUCUGCGACUGAGUAAUCAGCGACUGGACCAGACGCUGUCGGAGGCGAUGGUGCUCGACCUCAUAGUGCUGGUCGGCUUCGUGGUCGUCAACAACCCUCAGCUGCAGGAAACUAUAUGCGAGGGUUGGAGCGUGAUAAAGACGCUUUGCACGCUGCCCGCCAAUUGGCUGGUGUCCAAGAACCACAGCCACGCGCUGCUGCCGACCCUGGUCGCGCUCUCCGAACAACCCUCGGCCGCCGCCGCCAUCGCUGCCGAGCUCAGCAUGAAGCUCCUCCAAGAGUACAUGAACAGCAAUGACGCCCAGAAAAUCAAAUUGGUCCAGGUCAUCAAGCAAGGUCGCAACAAGAAAGGAACAGGCAAAAAAUAAACAUAGAAACAGACUGAAAAAGUUAACGUGACGGAUUUAAUAAAAAAAUAAAAAACUUUAUCGUAAUCUUAUCUUAUCUAUGAUAUGUAUGAUCAUAUUAUUGUAUGUAUAUGUAUGUAAUCCAAACGUUAUGAAAAUAGUGUUUUUUUUUUUCAUUCAUGUGAAAUUCCUAUAACUUAGCUAUUUUUCUACGACUCUUGAAUGUAUUAAUGGUAUAAAUGAAAAAAAAAAAUACGUAUUUUUUUUAAUGUCCACGUUCUAGCUUCAACUUAGUUGUGUGCACCAGUAUCGGAUGUAAAUUUAUAUUUAAUACAUAAUCGUGAGAUGUAAAGUAAGAUUUUUAAUGCAAUUUUACCUUUUUGUGUGACGUCACAUUAGUGCGUGGUCACUUGAUGACUCUUUUGCGUAAAAGAAACACGCUUUCGAGGGAAAGGGGAUUGUAAUUAUGUCGUCUCGAUAAAAUAAUGAAUUGAAAAUUUGCUCGUUCCGGUCAUCCCGUGACUUUGGUAAAGUUAAUAAAAAAAAAACCGUAAAACUGCAUUAAUACACUCGUAUAGUACGUUAUAGAAAUAAAUAGAUGUUGUGGUAAAUAUGUAACUUUGUAUAAAUGUACUUUUUCGAUUAUAUUCAAGAUGUAUUAUUUUUUACACUUAUAUAUUAUGUAUUGAAUGUCUUAUAAAUGUCGUGAGUGACUAGUUAACAUUUUUUGUGAGAAUUUCGAUUCAUCUGCAUCGUAUCGUAUGUGUAGGAAGGAUUUGUCAGUUUGUAAUAAAUCUAGACUGAGAUGUUAAAUCUAUAUUAUCUAGAAGUUUCCUUUUUUUUUUAGAAAAUAUGUUGUCAGGAAAUAAUUGACAGAAAGGUGAUAGAUUAAUAACGCCAUUUCUAGCAAGUCAGGUCAAAGGGUAGCCUAUUUAAUAAAAGCUACCUGACUUUAAGCUAACCAAGCUUGUGACUUCUCAAU